AUGUGUAUGUGAGACGAUUAUCUAAUUGUGCAAGGAAACAUAAGUUUGAGGACUGUUUGUACGACAGUUUUUGGAGACAUGUGAAGGCAGCACCACGGCCCCUCCGCCUGUGUUGGGAGGAUGCGAACAUUCGGAUUAGACUCGCUGUUGCCAACGAUGCAAGUACUUGUUUCACGGAUAAACCAUGGGUACGGGCGCCGUCUGAGUGCCGCAGACACCUCCGCACGGCGGCACUACCACAGUCUUCUCGGAUAAUUUUCCACCAGUUCCGGUAGCCAGUACCUUAAGGAAGGAACGGAGCCGGCGAAGCCCGGAUUCUGGGGCUUUAAUGUUUACUGAGGCAAAGGCUGGAGAGGAAGCCAGAGCCAUGGGAUUCUCCUUCAGCUUUCGAUGAACCGAGUAAACUGGAUCCACACAAGUCAGCAAAUAAGUUCCUGCCUACACAGGGGGCUCCCUUCUCUCCAUCACACUCAGCAGCAAUGGCGGGCUUCAAGCGCGGUUACGAUGGCAAGAUCGCUGGCCUCUAUGACCUGGACAAAACGCUAGGCCGUGGCCAUUUUGCUGUGGUGAAGCUAGCGCGUCAUGUCUUCACUGGAGAAAAAGUGGCAGUGAAAGUGAUCGACAAAACCAAGCUUGACAGUGUGGCCACAGGUCAUCUAUUUCAGGAAGUCCGCUGCAUGAAACUGGUCCAGCAUCCCAACAUUGUGCGCUUGUAUGAGGUGAUAGACACUCAGACCAAACUCUACCUAAUCUUGGAGCUUGGCGAUGGAGGAGAUAUGUUCGACUACAUCAUGAAGCAUGAGGAGGGUUUGAAUGAAGAUCUGGCUAAGAAAUACUUUGCCCAGAUUGUCCACGCCAUCUCCUACUGUCAUCGGCUCCACGUGGUGCACAGAGACCUCAAGCCAGAGAAUGUUGUGUUCUUUGAAAAGCAAGGGCUGGUCAAGCUCACAGACUUUGGAUUCAGCAACAAAUUUCAGCCUGGGAAAAAGCUGACGACCAGUUGUGGAUCUCUGGCAUACUCUGCACCUGAAAUACUGCUGGGUGAUGAGUAUGAUGCUCCAGCUGUAGAUAUCUGGAGUCUGGGUGUAAUCCUGUUCAUGUUGGUUUGUGGUCAGCCGCCCUUCCAGGAAGCCAAUGACAGUGAGACCCUCACCAUGAUCAUGGACUGUAAAUACACUGUACCAGCUCACGUCUCCAUUGCAUGUAAAGAUCUUAUAGACCGCAUGCUUCAGAGGGAUCCUAAGCGACGAGCAUCUCUAGAGGAAAUUGAGACACACACCUGGCUUCAGGGUGUUGACCCUUCCCCGGCUACCAAGUUUAACACCCCUCUGGUCUCCCACAAGAACCUGUCUGAGGAAGAACAUAACAGCAUUAUCCAGCGUAUGGUGCUGGGAGACAUCGCCGAUCGAGAAGCCAUAGUGGAAGCCCUGGAGACCAACAAAUACAACCACAUCACAGCCACAUACUACUUGCUGGCAGAGAGAAUCCUGAGGGAAAAGCAAGAGAAGGAAGUCCAGACCCGCUCAUCUAGCCCUAGCAACAUCAAGGCACAAUUCAGGCAGUCAUGGCCCACCAGAGUAGACAUGCACCAGGACAUUGAAGACAGUUUGGCAGCUUCCUCAAUCUCACACGCAGGAGGACCUCAGUCACCGGCUCGGAGCGCAGAGAAUCUGUUAAAUGGCCAUCGAACCAAAGGCAUGAUGGAGCUGGGACGACGAGACGAGUCAAUAACGGACUUACAGUUGCUGUCAGCACAGGGGGCCUUUGGUGCCACCACCACAUCUCCCCCUGUUGUUUGCACAGGCUCUGGGAGCAUCUGGGCUCCUGGAUCUUCAGGCUCUGCAGCAGCCAAGCAGCGAACAUGUCUUUUCAGGGUUGAGGAGGAUGAAGAGGAGGAGGAUGAUCCCUCUCCCCUCCCGACUCAGGUAAUCCUACGUCGCAAGCCUCCUUCAGUCACCAACAGACUCACCUCCAGGAAGAGUGCCCCUGUGCUUAACCAGAUCUUCGAGGAGGAAGGUGAGUCUGAUGACGACUUUGACAUGGACGAGGGUCUGCCACCAAAGCUCAGUCGUCUCAAGAUGAACAUGGCUGGCAACGCCACCAGCCUGAGCUCUGGGGCCACCUCCUCCUCGUCUCCUGGGUCCACACAGAAGCGGUACCACCGUAGAAAAAGUCAAGGUAGAGGGUCGUCGUGUUCGAGCUCCGAGACAAGCGACGAUGACUCCGAGAGUCACCGGAGACGGCUGGACAAGGACUCAGGAUUUGGUUACAGUUGGAACAGAAGAGACAGCAGCGAGGGGCCACCAGGCAGCUCUGGCGGGAACGGGGGAGGGAGCAGUUCAGGGCCGGGGAAGCCCCCUGGAGAAGGUGGGGGCACCUCUGGUCCUGACCGGGGUAAUGCACCUGAAGGGGGUGGAGGUGGAGGAGGAGGCAGUGGUGGGGGUGGAGGAGGGGGAGGGGACAGUCCCUCCAGUUGUUGUAACAACAGUAGCACUACAAACCCAUCCCUCAGCUCUUUCUCCCGAUCUAUGCGCACCCCGAGCCGGAGCAGAGAGCUAGUAGAGAGUCUGAAGCUGAUGAGUUUGUGCCUCAGCUCACAGCUGCAGCACCACCGUGGGGGGAGAAAUAGCCGAGGUGGUGGUGGUGGGGGAAAACAAAUUAUUGACACCUCAGGAGGUAGCGUGAAGAUCCAAGAGAAAUCAGCCUGGAGGAUGUGCAUUGGCUCCACUGGGAGCCUGGACACCAUUACUCUUCCCACUACAGUUGUCCCACCUCGUACCCACUCUACCCAGCACCACCACCACCACUACCGCAAGACGGCGACACACGACACCCAGAGUCCGAGGAUGGGGUCCAAUGACAGGAACGCUCACAGAAAUCUGAGUGCUUUGAAAAACGGUGUGAUUCAACUACCUCUGUGUGAGAAGACCAUCUCCGUCAACAUCCAACACGGUGGAGGCUCCAGGGACGUCCUGCUCUGUACCUCAGCUCCAGCCAGCUGCUGUCAAGUCAUCUGAGGCUCCACCCUCUUUGUCACAUUUUCACACAGUCCCCUUUAUCGUCUUUACCACAUGAUCUAAAUACACAAUUCCACGUUCUAAUGUUUCCUCUAUUCAUUUGUAACUGUACCAGAUAGCUGAGCUCACAUCCUCGUCCUUCUGCCGUGCUGUGGCUCGACUUCUCUGUCAUUCUGAUUUAUUCUGUGCUUCUUUAUCCUCUGUUUGAACUUCAAUCUGGAAGCCACUUUUAACUUUUUUGAAUCUGAUACCAGCACGUCAACUAAUGUAGGUUUGAGUACUGAUCUGAUACCAUCGCAGUUAAAAAAUAAAAGUUGGGUUCAUUUUAACUAUCUGAGAUUUUAAGCCGGGUUACAGAAUGUCAAAUAGAUUUUGUCAUCAACCUGGAUUAACAGUCUGAGACAAAGAACACAACAGAUUCCUUCCCAGUGGACAAGCUGCACCCCCUCAAAUUGUAUUCUUAUAUAAGAUGUAAAUUUUAAUUUUUAAUACAUUUUAUUAGAAACUAUGUACCAAGUACACACAGCCAUGGGGAACUCCCACUAGGCUUCUGCCAUGGAAGAUUUGAAGGUUCCACCCCCUAGGGGAGAAAUUACCAGCAGCUUUACUGUCCUCAUUAUGAAGCGAAAACACAGAAAAGUGGUGCCUCACUUUUCAAAAUAAAACAAAAAGCUGCAUCUCUCCAAAAAAAAGAAAUCAUUGAGGACGAGGGGUUAUAAUGCCUCCUUAUUCUUUCAGCUAUAUAUAGUAAUAUACUAAAUGAGAGAAUAAUAAAAUACCAUGGUGUCAGAUCAGUGAAGGCUGGUGCUGUUGAGGUUUUUCUGGUAUCAGUGAAACAUCUUUUCAUCUCUACAAUUCCUUUUCCUCUCAGUUAAAGUCCUAGAAAUGGAACAUGCUGGUUUUAGAUAAUCCGCUGAUGUGUCACAUUGGGUUUUAUGCUGACAAUUAUUUGGGCAGGAUUAAAACAGUGAAAGUGAAGUUCUGUAUCAGACACUUUGAAGCAAAAACACUGUUUAAAUUCCCUGUUAAAUUUUGAAAAGGGAAUAAAAAGUCCUAAUAUAUAAAAUAAAUCCAUAUUUUUAAAGAAUACUUAAGACCUUUUCAGGUCAGGUCUUCAUUCUAGAAGAAAAUAGUAUUGUAAAAAAAAAUCAUAUAUUUAAAAGAUUUAUAUUGAAAUGGUGUAGAGGUGACAAUUCCCUCUAAAGAGAGUGAUAUGUUCUCACAGUACUGAAGCUCUCUGCUUCACAUCAGUCGAUCAGCUCUGAAGGAGACGGAGACAGAAGCUAAAAAUCUCUUCUGUAAAACAUUUUAUUUGUUGUACAUUUCAAAAAGAGCAGCUAGUGUACCGAGUCCAGGAUAUACAGCGUCACCUGUACUCGUACUUGACUCUCGACGUCUGACUUUUAAUCUCUGAAGCUGUAUUCAGAUAUGAUCUCGGAACAAAGACAGGAAAGCUGAGUUUAGUCUUGGUGAGAGUUUAACGUUCAUAAAUGAAGACUGCAGCAGGAGGUGAUCAGGUUCAGAACCGUUCAUAACAACACCCAGAACCUGGUUUGACUCUGCUGAAGGCAGGGCACUCUUCCAAUCACUUGCCAUAAAAUAUUCUGAGCUUAACCUGGUUUGUUUCUACAUGAUAUUGUUGGAAACAUCAUCCAGGGAGCUGGCAGAUGAGGAUUAAAAAAAAUACAUUGUCCAGAAGCAGCUUAAGGACGAGCUGCUCACACCACCGUUAGUUUUGAGAGGAGAAUGAUUUUGACCUGAGUGACCUCUGACUCUACAUUGCACUCAGACAAUCUAUUAUUUUGUUGUUUACUUUGUAUUUCAGCCAGUGUUGGUAACAUCCCUUUAAAUGUGGACAAGUCUGGAGAGCAUUCAGUCCAGUUAGGGCUGUCACUUUACAUCCAAAUAUCUGGGUCAACCUCAGGCUAAUAUAACUUUUCUGAUUCAUCCAGUCGUCAAAAUCCAGCAGAGGGAGCUCUUUCGUUUUCCUUCUGCUUAUAGCAUGUCUUAAUUUAUCCUGUUAGCAGGCGACAAAACAGGUGCUGGAGCAGAAGCACUGCUUUGGUUGAAAUCAGUUCUUAAUGAUUUAAUCCCUCUGUGCCUGUGCAAGAGGAACAUGCUUCUUAUACUCUUUGGCACACUGCAGACACCAAAUCAUAACCAAGUAUUCCGCCUUGCAUUUAGCAAACAAGACUAGAACUGUAUUGGGUUAAAGAAGACACUAAAUUUGAAACAGAAACAAGCAUUGUUUUAGCAGGAGUGUUUUCCAGCCGCUGCUGAGUGAGAUUUAAUGCCUUUAUGCCUGCACAAUAUGAAUGCCCUGCUCACACAUUUUGGCAAGAAAGAGUAAAAAAAUAUAUAUAUAUAUAUAUAUAUUACCAAAGCAUUUAAAGCACUAUAGUUUAGGUUGAAGAGUUCUACUGAAUCAGAACCAUCUUCUGUCUUGCACUUUGUCAAAGUGACAGCCCUAGCUCCUGUGUGUGUGGCAUAGUCAGCUGAUCAUGUCGGUCCUGUAGCACCAACACUCGUCCACCAAGUUUAGACACGUUACUGCUGUCCUUUUAUUUAAAUAUAUGAGCUGAUAUUUUUUUAUUCAUGCUGUUGUGUUAAGUUGCGAAACUUUUGUUGACUGAUGGUUAUUUGUCUGGUAUCUCCCAAAGUUUCACUGCACCAAGGCUGCAGUGUGAGGAUGGCGAUGAUGAUGGCGAUGAUGAUGACGUGUCAUUGGUUACUGUUGUUUUUUAUCUUGUGUACUUUUUUUUGAACGAUCUGCUGUUUUGUGUGUGUGUGAGAGUGAAAGAGAAAGAGGAGGAGGAGGAACAGCUGAUGAUGUGUAGCUGUAAAGGAGUUGAACGAGAACAAAUGAAAGAAAAGGAAAACUGGGGAGAUUCCCUCAAGGGCAUUGGCAAUAAGCUACAUAGUGUGUUGCAGCUAUCUGUACAGAAACAGUUUUAUUUUUUUUAAUCCUGUCUCACAGCAGCUACAUUGGAUUGUAAAGGAAAAAAGAAAAAGCUGUGUUUUAAUAUUAUUUUUUCUUCUGGGUUUUGUAUUUGUUUUGGUGUGACUUAAAAAAAAAACAAAAAAAAAGUCAUGUACAUAGAGGUUGUAAAUAUGGUGCUCUUUCUCUCUAGAAUAGCCGAGUGAACCUUGUAGCUGUACAGUCAUUUAGCCUUCUGAUUAUUAUUAGUACUACUGUGUGGGCAUCCCGGCUCCAAACAAAGCGGCGUGAGAAACCAAACAACUUGACCAUCUGUGCUCUCGCGGCCGGGUCUCUGACCGUCGUCUUACUCAGCUGUAUCCAGGUGAAUGACGUGCAUGUGUUUCAAUGUUUGACCUUCAGUGACACUGAGAGAAGAGAGGAACCUUAUUGGACCAAAAAGCAACAGAGUAAAAAAAGAAGCUAAGACAAGAAUAUUCAGUGUAUUAUUCUGUAGUCGACCUCUUGUCAGAUGUUACAUACUGCUAUGGUAAUAUCCAAAAAUAAAAUGUGGAGUACUGUCUCAUA